GCAUUGCCUAUCAGAUCGGGCGUUACGUGGCUAAGAGCGUUUACCAUUACAUGCAUCGUGUGUUCAAAGUUCAAACUGCACAAGCAUUCGAACAAUUUACUUGAAAACGGAAUACAACGGGCCUCAUUUCCAUGCCUUCUUCCGGGUCGCACUUCAUCUUCGACUGAAGCGCGGGCAAGCUCAUCUUCUUGGAGCCCCGACCCGACUUCCAGAGCGCCUCCGGCGACGUUCCGAUACUGGCGCGGCGAGGAUUCAUUUUUGGGGGUUUUAGUGUUGGAUGAGACGUUCAUCAUCCCCUUCCAAUUAUCUGCUGGUGUGAUGAGGAUGAAAGUUGAAUGCUUUACCAGUAAGAGCGCGAUUUCGGCAGCAAUUAACCGCGGCUUUCACUCCGGCGUCGUUUCGAAAGGCCGUCGGAUUCAGGUUCUCUCUCUACCUCUCACCAUUGAAGCCAGGCUAAGCUUUCUGUUGCAAUGUGUUUCCAAUUUGAAUUUGCGUGGUGGAGAUUUUGUGUCAAAAUUGCUUGAUAGAAGAUGGGCAUUGCCUGCCCCUGAUGCCAAAAUUCACCAAAUAGUGUUUUCUAGCAACAAAGUAGCAGAGCCAGCCAAAGCCUUGUCUGAUGUUUCCUUCUCCAACAAUACCAACCCAUCUUUUAUGAUGAGCAAGAAUGAUCAAGAACCUUCUUUUUUUGUUGUGAGGGAUGAUUUGUUGCAUCCGUUGAUAAAUGGUAAUAAAGCGCGAAAGUUGGACGCGCUGAUUCCCCUCGUGGAAGAUCAUUCCGUGACUCAUGUGGUCACAUGCGGAGGCUGUCAAAGCGCACAUACAGCAGCUGUUGCUGUUUCAUGUUCAGAGAGAGGACUUAAACCACACUUGCUUCUACGAGGGGAGCAGCCAGAAAUACUGACCGGCUGUAACUUGAUUUCAACAAUGUAUGGAAGUGUCACGUAUGUUCCGAGAUCUCUGUAUGCCAACAGGGAAAAGAUGCUAAAGAGCCAUGCUGAUGAUUUGGCAGGCAGUAGUAGUAGUGUCGUAUGGUUCGAUGAUAUUUUGGAGGCUUCUUUGAGAGAAGAUGAUGGUUCUCAGAAUUUUUUGCAAACGGAUGCUUGGAAGAGUGACCGUCCUUGUAAAAUUGCAAUCGUUAACGAAGGUGCAGGAGAUGUUGUAGCAUUACUAGGUCUGAUUCGCCUAGUGCAGUACUUAUCCCAGAAUCACUUACUUGGGAAAGAGAGGCCCUUGAAGUUUGUUGUAGAUUCUGGAACUGGGACAACUGCUGUUGGUUUAGCACUUGGAGCCAUAUGUUUGGGGCUUCCAUGGGAGGUAACCGCAGUGAUGCUGGCUGGUACAGUUGACGGGUAUAGACAUCAGGAGAAGCGCUUGAUUUCCGAUUUCAAGAGGCAUUUUGGUUCCCAAAUUGAUAGCUGCUUCGAUGAAAUGGAUAGAGGAAUCGUGCACUGGGUAGAACGUCGCCAUCCAAGAAAGUUUGGCAAUGUUUUAGAAGGGGAAGUAGAGGCAUGCCAACACAUUGCAAAACAAACCGGUAUUUUGGUGGAUCCAGUGUAUACACUCGCUGCGUGGGAGAUGGCAACGAUCCUUCGUGAACAGGAAGCAGAAGGAGGUGCAACGGUGGUGAUGAUUCACACUGGAGGCACUCUAGGCUUGUUUGGAUUAGCACAGAGGUACAGAUCCUACUUCUCUAACCUCAAAACUGGACCGUCCAAGUCGAGAGAGAGUUGAGUCCACUGAAUUCACUUUAACCGUAAGGCAUUUGUAUCUCCAUUGUACUUUCAUCCAACCUUUUGUAUCGAAAUUGAGAAAUUAUAGAGAAAUGUUCGACGUCCAAACUAGUGUCAUUUUAAACAUACGAGCUUCUUUUGGUAAAUUGGAGCGAA